GUGCCUUCCGGGGUUUGGGGCUGGGACAGCAGUGCUCUGAGCCCAUUGAAAGCAGCUAAGGGUGGAGGCGGGGCUCUGUCGAAUUCCCCUUCCACCUUCCCCCACCCUCCUCUUUCAACCUCUGUUUGGCCCCUAGCUGGAUUUCAGCCUUUGCUGCAGCUGCUCCGCAGCUCAUUCCAGGACCCAAACAACCGCCAGCCGCUGUUCCCAGGAUGGUGAUUCGUGUAUACAUUGCAUCUUCUUCUGGCUCUACGGCGAUUAAGAAGAAACAGCAAGAUGUGCUUGGUUUCUUAGAAGCCAACAAAAUAGGAUUUGAAGAAAAAGAUAUUGCGGCCAAUGAAGAGAAUCGGAAGUGGAUGAGAGAAAAUGUACCUGAAAAUAGUCGACCAGCCACAGGAUACCCCCUGCCACCUCAGAUUUUCAAUGAAAGCCAGUACCGUGGGGACUAUGAUGCCUUCUUUGAAGCUCGAGAAAAUAAUGCAGUCUAUGCCUUUUUAGGCUUGACAGCACCACCUGGUUCAAAGGAAGCAGAAGCCCAGGCAAAGCAGCAAGCAUGAACCUUAAGCCAUUCUGCCUUAAGCGUCUUGAAAAAUGAGUCUCCAUUGCGUUUGUUAAAUAAAAAAAAAAAAAAAAAAAAAUCUUGGCUUCAAAAGAAACAGGCUUAAUGUUGAAAUAAAUAGUUUAGUUGGUGUUCUUGCAUGCAAGCAAUCAAAAGGAAAGCAUAAUUAAAAUGUGAAAAUGAUGGUGAGGAGAAUGGGAGAUGAACAUACAUUUUGAAGUAGGUAUCAUAGGAUAAUAUUGUAUUGUGCCAAGGCAUUUAUGUGCUUCACUGAUUUUUACAGAAAACACACUUCUUUUUAAACUAUUUUUUAUUGCAGGUUAAGAAUAUCUAAAGCUUAACAUUGAGAGAAUCUGUCUCUUGUUCCCAAAUUGCCUCAUUAAUUUUGGUGAACAAGAAUGUGUACCUUUUUAAUGUGAUUUUAUUGUGAUUCAAAGUACUUACAGGUAAUGUUUGUGAUAUGUUAAACAAUGUAAUUUCCUGGCAAUCAAAACAUUCCCAUUCUUUUGUAGAAGAAAUUUCUAUGUACUGAACCACAAGUUUUCCAAGCUUAUAAAUGUAGACUUUCAUUGCAUAUUAGGAGAUCAGAAUAGGUGACUUCCCACAAAAUCGAAGCCAAACAAGAAAAUAAUAAAUGCUUUUAGUUGGCAAGUUUCUUCUUUAACUACACAGUUAUGGAACCACAUUUCUAAGUUGCUUGCUUCAGUGGAAUGUUUAUGUGUUUGUCAUGGAAGUGGGAUGACAAAUAAAUUUAAAAUGGCAUCCUCUUACAAAGAGCUUAGAUACUUCCUUAACUCUUAUAAAAUAUGUUGGUACUUAUUGCCCAAGAUUUGAUUGUUUAGGGUUUUGAUAAAAAAAAAAUUAGUGAUUUUUCUCCCUUUAACAAAACUUUUUAAUCAUGAAGGUCACUAUCUCUUGAUAUAUAACUUUUAUGUUUCAAUUUAGGCAUAUAGUAUGUGAGUACAUUAAUCUAAGUAGAGAGAUUUUUCCUAUGGUUCUAUCAAAAAGUACAAGUAUCAAAUAAGCAGAGCAACAUUUAAAAUAUUUUUAACAACUUUAAAAGAUGAGAAUCAUGGCCUAAAUCACUUACCAAGAAGAUAUUCACAUUGUAUGCUAGUUCCAUACUACUU